AUGGCUCAUCUUCUUGGCAGUAAAGCGUGUAUUGAUAGCUUACGUGUAGAUAUUGAUGAUCUACAAAAUGUUAUUCAAGAUAUUAUUGGAAAAACAGGAUCUAUUAAAUGUCAUUCAUGGAAGUUUCCGGAUAAAAUUGCGACCGAUAUUGACAUAAAUGAACUUCUUCAACGUUAUCAAUAUGGAAAAAAUGAAGUCGAUAAUCAAGUUUCUCAUAUCGUUUUAUUUGAAAUUAUUAUUGAUCGUCUUUUACUUAUUAUACAUGGAUCAUGGCGCUAUUUGCAUGAAAUGCAAACAAAUAUUUUACCAAAUACAGUCGAUUCAUCAUCAACAAUUAAUCAAAAAUCAAGUCUUAGUGUUGGUUUAGUUAUUAAAAAAUAUUGGAAUAAAUUAUUACAGUUAUCUACUGUGCUCCAACAGCACGAGAAUGAACGCAAACGAUUAAAUCAAAAUGAAACAAAAACAACAGCAACAACAUUAUCACGUUCGAAAACAACUUUAAAUAUUGAAAAACGUUGUCAAACAAAUGAAACAUCAAUUGGUCCAUGUCAAUCAUGUUUAAAAUUUCAACAAUGUCUUCGUGAUCAAAGUGAUAGUUUAAUAAAUUUAUGUCAUACAUAUAAUUUACCAUCAUCACUUGCACAAUAUCGAUGUACAAUAACAGAUUUAUUUUCAUUAGAUACUAUUAAUCAUUGGUCGGAUUGUCAAACAAAAGAUAUUGAUCGUUUAUCAAAACAUCUUGAACAUUUAAAUAAUACAUUAAAUAAAACAAAAAGUGAUUUACAAUUAAAUGAAAAUCGUUGUAAAAAACAAGAUGAAACAAAUCAUCGUUUACAACAAUUAAUUAACGAUGAUAAACAAUCAAAAAAAAUUCUACAAGAUUUACAUGAUAGAAAAAUAAAUGAUUUUAAAAAACAAUAUGAACAACAAGAAUAUAAUCUUAAUGAACAAAUUAAAUUAUUAACAAAUCAAAAAAUUAAAAUUGAACAACAAUUAAAAGAAGUUAAUGAUUUAUGUAUAGUACGAGGAGAACAAAUUGAAAAACUAGAAUCAUCAAAAAAUGAAUUAAAAACUUUAAUUCAAGAUCGAUUUAAAUCUGAUGAUGUCAUAAAAACAUUAGAACAAGAUCGUAUUCGUUUACAAACAGAACUUGAUUUAGUUAAACGUGAUCUUGAAGAACGUAAUCGAGAAUUACAAAAAGAACGUACACGUAUUGAAAAUAUGAUUCGACAAGAACAGAAUUAUCAAUCAAAACAAAAAGCACUUUCUACAUCAUAUGAAGAAUUAACACAAGAAUGUGAAUUACUGAAACAACAAGUUACUGAAUUAGAAAUAUCUCGUGAUGAAGUUGAAAAAAAACUUGAAAUAGUUCAAAAACAUAAUCGACCAUCAACAGAUAUAAAUAAAGUUCAAUCAUUAAUGGAAACUAAUAAUCAUUUAUUACAAGAAAUGACUAUACUGAAAUCAAAUAUUGAACAAUUACAUCAACAAAUUCAACAAAUGGAUGAACGUGAACAAAUGUUAUUACAAUAUCCGGAUCUUAAUGGACCUAUUAAACAUGAACAAGCAACAAAUAAUAUUAUAAUUGAUAUGCAAAAUCAAAUGCGUACAAAUGAAAUUCGUAUUGAUUUAUUACGAAAACAAAAUGAUUCAUUAAAAUCCUCAUUAGAAAAACUUUUAUCUAUGAAUAAUUAUAAUAAUAAUAGUCCAUCAUUAGUAACAGAAGAACGUUAUGAAGAAUUAAGAAGUCAAUCAAGACAAGAACCAUCACAUCGAAGAUAUUCGUAUGGAAAUGAAACUAUUAUACCGGUAUCAUUUGUUUCUUUCUCUUAUUCAGGAAGGGUAUGGAAAUCAAAGCCAACACCAUUGUGGUUAUUAAAUAAUGAAAUCGUUGAACAACAACAAGCUUUUACAGAAACAAGAUCAGUUACAACAACAAAUUAUAUUCCACGUUUUAGUGAAAAUGAUUAUGUUGCUAAUGGUUGGAUUAAGUCUGAUCCUGAUAUUAUUCCUCUUACACAAUCGAAUUUCGACAAUGAAACUUCACCUAAACAACAUGAUCGAUCAUGGUCAGCAAAUUCUACUCGUAUUCAAACGAAUGAUUUGGUAAUAAUAUCUGAAUCACGUCCACCAACUGUUACACAUUCUUCUCGAACUCUAAAUAAUGGUCGAACAUCAACUAUUCCUCCACCGUCUGAUUAUGAAAUGAUCAUUGGUAAAGGUCGAACAACAAGUCGUCCAACAUCAGCAUCUAAAAACCGUCAUUCAGCAAAUGAUCAGACUCGUCGAGACAACUCAUUACCAAAAAGUUCUCGAUCUAUAGCAUCUGCUAAACCACCAAGAUCUGCGACAAGCACUACUAUACAUCAAUGUACAACUUGUAAUAAAUCAUAUGAUGAUAAACGCAAUUAUGAUAUACAUAAAUUAUAUUGUAGGACUUAA